UCCUCUCGGUCGACGGACCGAGCUCAGAGAGCCCGCGGCCCAUCUCCCCCUUUGCAGCCUUCCACCUACAAAGAACUCCUCCGUCUCUCCACCACAACCCGAUCUUUGGUCCUCGGCAAGCUCGUCCACUCUCACAUGAUCAGGGCUUCCUACAGGCCCGGCCUCUUCAUGCACAACGUCCUCGUAAACAUGUACUGCCGGUGCGGCGACCCGACCACCGCCCGCCAGGUGUUCGACAGAAUGCCCGUGAGAGAUGCCGCAACCUCGAAUAUACUCGCCGCCGGGUAUUCUCGAGUCGGGUACUGCGGCAGAGCGUUGGAUGUGUUUAGGGAAGCAAGAAGCGCUGGCGUUGGCCUUGACCGGUUCAGCUAUGCUGGCGCUCUGAGCGCCAGUGGUGAUUGCGGAGAUGUCAGGAUGGGCAGGAUGGUCCAUGGGAUGGUCGUCGUCACUGGGUUGUCUCGUCGUGCUUUUCUGACAAAUUCGCUUAUGGAUAUGUAUUCCAAGUGUGGCAUGAUCGACGAGGUCAGAUUGGUGUUUGAUCAUGCGGAAGAACUGGAUGAAGUCUCGUGGAAUUCUUUGCUUUCAGCUUAUGUCAGCGUUGGCUGGCCAGAGGUGGCAGUGAAUAUUCUUGUUUGGAUGCAUCGAUCGGGAGUGAAGUUGAACAGCUUUGCUCUCGGUAGUAUUCUUAAAGCUUGCUCGGGUAUGAGGGAUUCAGACGAUGUUCGAAGGAUGAUGCAUGGGUGCGUGACGAAAGUUGGAUUGGACUUGGAUCUUUUUGUCGGCAGCGCAAUGCUUGAUAUGUAUGCGAAGAAUGGUGGAUUGGAAGAAGCAAUCAAGAUCUUUGAGUACAUACCGAAUCCAAGUGUGGUGGUGUUCAAUGCUAUGAUUGCUGGAUUCUCUCGAUUGGGCACAAAAUCUAGUGGAAAAGACAGAUUUAAAGCUUUAAGCCUUUUUCGUGAAAUGCUAAGGAGACAAAUGAAACCCUCAAAGUUCACAUUCAAAAGUGUGCUCGAGGCCUGUAAGUCAGUGCGUGCAUUUAGAUGUGGGAGGCAAAUCCAUGCCCAUGUAAUUAUAAAUAAUCUCCAAGAUGAUGAGUUUAUUGGGAGUGCACUGAUAUCCUUGUAUUCAACCUCAAAUUUGACUAUGGAAAGCUUGAGUUGCUUCCAAAUGACUCCUAAGCAAGAAAUUUUCACCUGGACCUCCAUGAUCUCAGCUUUUACACAGAAUGAACAGUAUGAAAUGGCUCUGAGCUUAUUUAAAGAAUUACUAGGACUCAGAAGAAAGCUGGACCAGGUCAUUAUAUCAUCCGUGAUAACUGCUUGUUCACGUAUGGGUAUGCUACGGAUUGGAGAACAAAUUCAUGGCUAUGCCACAAAGUUGGGACAUGAUAAGUUCACUGUUUGCUGUAAUUCACUGAUCGACAUGUAUACCAAAACAGGAGAUGUAGGUGCUUCUAUUAGGAUGUUCCAAGACAUUGGAAGCCUUGAUGUUUUUUCUUGGUCUGCUAUGAUUUCAAGCUAUGCCUUACAUGGCAAUGCAGGAGAUGCUUUGGUCCUCUUUGAGAAAAUGAAAGAAUGCGGGGCCGUGCCCGAUCAUGUCACCUUCCUUGCUGUUCUUACUGCUUGCAGCCACGGAGGCUUGGUGGAUGAAGGUUUCAGGUACUAUGAAAGCAUGAGUAGAGAAUAUGACAUAGUUCCAAAUUCGAGACACUGUGCUUGCAUAGUUGACCUCCUAGGUCGGACUGGAAGAAUUGUUGAUGCAGAGGGCUUCAUAUUGAGCUCAGGAUUUGCCAAUGACCCAAUCCUUUGGCAUGUACUUCUGCGAGCAUGCUUGUUCUAUGGUGACACUGAAAGGAGUAUACGUGUUGGGGAAAGCUUAAUGGUAAUGGAGCCCUUUUUUGCUACGUCAUAUAUGCUGCUGUAUAACAUGUAUCUGGAUGUUGGUAAAGUGUCCUUGGCCAUGAGAACAAGAGGUUUAAUGAGAGAACGAGGGGUGAACAAAGAAACAGGUGUAAGUUGGAUUGAGAUUGGAGCAUCUUUUCAUUCCUUUGUGACUAGCAGUAGCUACCACCAUCACAUUGAUUUCAUUUAUGAAAAGCUACAAGAAAUGAUGCUUCAUAUAAAACAAAAGAUGGGAAAAGCUGGUCCUAGGAUUUUGGAGUUGGAGUACCAAAGUGAAAAGUGGAGAGAGAGUCUAAUGAAUAGCCAUGGUGAGUUGUUGGCCGUCGCAUUUGGAAUGUCUAACUUGCCAGAGUCAGUUCUGAUACGAGUUAUGAAGAACCAAAGGGUAUGUGGUGACUGUCAUAAGACACUGAAGUUGUUCUCGGAGGUUGAAAGACGGGAAAUUCUUGUCAGAGAUUCAGUUCGGUUUCAUCAUUUUAGUUGGGGUUCAUGUUCUUGUGGUGAUUACUGGUAAAAGAGAGUAUAUCUAAGACACUGUUAAUUUCAUACUUACUAAUAAUCACUUGUUUGAACAGUGAAAUGAAUGGAUGCCAGGCACUUGGACUGUUUAAUUUGCCAAGAGCCAGUUUCUGUAUGAAUUAUGAAGAACUAUAGUGUCUCAUGGUGGAGGUUCAAAGGUGGGAAAUUGUUGUCAGAGAACCUGAUCAAUUUCGUCAUUUUAGUUGGGGUUCAGGUUCUUGUGGUGAUUACUGGCAAAGAAAAUGAAUCCAACAUAUUGUUCACAGUUUUCUUUUAUUACUGAUGAUCACUUUGUGAUGCUGCAAUCACUUGGUUGGAUGGUGAAUAAGAAUGUCCGUUAGGCAUUUCAAAUGUCACCUGCCAGAGUCAGAUCUGAUACAAGCUCCCAGUACCAAACAUUUUGUGGGAUAGGGAUCAUACUCAGAGGUUGAAAGGCAGGAAACUGUUGUCAGAGAUCCAGUUCGCUGUCAUUAUUUUAGUUGGGGUUCAUGUUCUUGUGGUGAUUACUAAAGGAAAAAUGUGUGACACAUCGUUCACAAUCUCAUAUUUAUCAUGAUAAUAACUUUGUGAUACUGCAAUCACUUGGUUAACAGUGAACAAGGAUGACAAUUUGGCCCCUCUGAGAGUUAAAAAGUAAUGGAAAUCCCAACUGAAACUGACAGAUUAGGCAACAUGUUAUGAUAGCUAAAAGCAGUGACAUUGGGUCUCACUUAAUUUCUUUGAAGCUUCAAAGGUGAAUAUGGUGAUUUUAUUUUCUUGGUUUCUAACGUAUUUACCAGACGAUUGCCAUAUAUCAAUGAGCAAGCUGAUAUUUUGUGCUGGUUCUUUUGUGUUAGUGAAGUGGUGAUACUGAUAGCCAUAUAUGGCCAGAGAUCUGCAAUAUCAUUCAAGUCUAGAAUGUUGAAAGGCAGAAAAGAAGUUGAUGUAAUUGGAUUAUAAAUUGUUUUCAUUUUUUUACAUUUGCACAGGGAUUGACCAUGAGAAAUGUGUUUUCUAUGAUAGUUUAACAAAGAUUAGUCAUCAAAAUUUCAAAGACCAGCAAGGAAUCAAAUAAAAUUCUCCUUCAAGAAGUCUCUAUUCAAUAUGUUCUUAUCAUCAGACAUUUUGAAGCUGUACAUUACUGAUGUUGACUAUUUGCAUAUGAAGCAAUAGAUAAUGAUGAUUAG